CACCAAUUGGUGGGUUCAUGGGGCUUUUGUGUAGGCUCAAGAACCAUUCACUCUUCUCACGGUUUAUUGAGCGUCAUAUUCCAUCUUUUCUCAGAUACCCAUGUCACUCACUACAGAAGAUGAGCCACCGGAGGUAUGGGUCAAAGUCCAUCGCCGUAAGGGACGGCGCUGCCAGAAAAAGCCGACAUUGACUGUCUCUGUCCCGAGCACUUUGCUGCCAAGCCCGGCAAGUCUGUCUCUCGAGCAAGUAAAGCAGGACUAUGACCGUAUUGCUGGCCAGUGGAAAUCCUCAUCUUCUUUUACCCAACUUCAAGACCUACUCUCUAGCUAUGCUGCUAGCGUCAACGUCAAUGUGGCCACCGCCAUCUGCUUUGGUCUGGGCACCUUUGAUCCGCCUGAUGGUGCGUGGGAGCAGAAACGCAAGGCCCACAUCCAGCUAGCUGCCUUCCUUUCCAUCGUCGAACACCUUCAAACUCAAGCGAGCCACCAAAUUCGCUGUCUUUUCCAGGAGCCUAUACUCAACUCCGUCGACAAAGUCUUCAUUGAGAGCCUAGGCCAUGAAGUCGUGGAAUCUCCCGCUGGGUUUCAGCUCGUCGACCCUAAGACCCUGGCAUUCGGAGUACACUUGUACAGGGAUAUUUAUUCCCAGGUUAUAGCCACACACAUCCCUGCCAUGUUUAUCGGAACUUCCUAUGGGACUUGGGAAGACUCUCACGGCCCUGAAAAUUUAGAUUGGACACGGAUGAAGCAGCUAGACCAGCUUUGCGUCAAGGCCAAGUUCCCAGAAAAUCAGGCCGACACCACAUUCUCUAGCACGACGAUUCACUGGCGAUUCAGGGAUGAGAGCUGAGAGCUGAGAUCGUUGUCUCCCACAGCACCUUCAUUCUGCCUACCAUCGUGGUAGAUGCUAGAAUCUGAACUUAUCGCGACAUGGACUGUGUCCAGUCAAUAGCCACAUGAAUUAUAG